AUGCUUGAACUUUCCAGGAGUUAUAGUGAUGCUGCCCGGGAAUGGGAUGCCAUUGAGACUGUGACAUUGACGAAAAAAGGCAAUGGAAAUGUCCCUCAGCAAAUACAACACAUGUCAGAGAGCCAUGAUGGAUCAUGCUUUGUGAAUUUCAGGGAUGUAUGGGACCAUCUCAAGAACAAGCAUGCUGUAUCUUCUCGGGCGGUGCGACUGCACCGGGACCCACGGGCCAGAGGGGCCCAGGCGCCGAGCUACGAAGAGGGAAGAAGGCAGGGGGGGGCGUUAGCUGGGAGUCCCUUGGCAUCGGAACGAGGCCCUUUUGAUGAUGAUGAUCAAAUGCACCUGCACACAAUACAGACACUAUACAUGGAAUUGACAGGAGAGGAAUACCCUUGCCCUCGAUAUGGGUCACAUUGGGAAAACAUUGGAUUCCAAGGGAAGGAUCCUGCCACUGACCUGCGAGGCGUUGGGUUUCUUGCCUUGGUGAACACCAUGUCACUUCUGACUACCUCAGAACAGCUUUGCAAAUUAGGGAGAAACGUUUAUCAACUCUCCCUGAGUGAAUCUCAGCACUUUCCUUUCAUGGUGCUCAGCAUCAAUGUCACACGCAUUGCUUUACUUGUGCUGAAAGCCGGGAAACUCAAUAGGGAAUGCAAUGAGAAAAACUCUGUGAUUGAGGUUUUGAACCGCUUUUAUGCUGGAAUCCUGUAUAAGAUCUACUCUAUCUACAAAAGUGGCCGUAUGACUAUAAAUGAUGCUGGAAAUAUGAUGAAAGAUACAGAGAGAUAUGCCAUGAAGAAGCCACAAGAGGUUCUCGCAAAGCUCAAUGCUCAUUUGAAGGUUUUAUAAAUCUCCAUACUUGAGUCCCUGCAUGCCUCUGUUAGUACCUGAUGUCAAAUGCAGCAGUUGAUGCUUAUAACUCGUAAAAAUUUCUAAUACCUGCUUGAGCUGAAUUGCAAAGUUUUGUGAUCCAAUGAUAUGAAAGCUAGUCAUUUUGCUUUAGGGAGGAAACUCCCCUGUUUUGAGUGAGUCGUAAUUAACCAUUUUUAAAAGCCUCCUCUUCUGACGUGCCUCACAAGCCAUGCUGGAG